AGGCGGAAGUUACAUGGAGAUGACGUCAAUGCUAAAUUAGCAAAGCUUCGAGUGUGUUUUGUGUAUUUGCUAGAAGGUAACAUUAAAAAUGUUGAAAGAGUUGGUGAAGGAGCGACUAAUGGUGGCGGCCGAUGAAAUAUUCGCGCUGUUUGAGAAAACGAUAGCGUUGUACGAAAAGGAACUUUCUCGAACAAGAGAGGAGGAGGAGCGACAUCGACAACAACUGGAAGCUGUUAGCAAAACUCACAUUGUGCUACACAAUAAUGACGGCCAGCAGCUGAUUGCUCGUCAAGAAGAAUGUCCAACUCAUCUGCAGGGGAGAAGCUCCAUUUUGGAGCCGGAGGAUCCACAGCCCUCCCACAUUAAAGAGGAAGAGGAAGAGGAGGUCGUCUGGAUCACUCAGGAAGGCGAGUUUCUUCAAGGACAAAAGGAGGUCAAGUUGUCACUGACUGGUGUCUCUGUGAAGACUGACGACCAUGAAGAGAAACCACAAGCAGACGUCUUAGCCCCACUAUCAGACAGCGGUGUGGCCAGAGACGACACCCAAGAACCUUUGAGCAGUGAUACAGAUUGUGAGGGCGAUAUGAGGAUUCAGACUGAUAACAAACACUCAACAUGCUCUGAAAAGAAUACAGGUAAAAAACAUUUUACCUGCUCAAUUUGUGAUGAAAACCUUUCCAAUAAGAGUCAUUUGAAUGAACACAUGCUGACACACACAGGCGAAAAACCUUGGCGUUGUACAGUUUGUGGCAAAAUAUUGUCUAAAAAGUCAAACGUGGCGUUACACAUGAGAACGCACACAGGAGAAAAACCGUUUAGUUGUUCAGUUUGUGGCCUGAGAUUCUCUCAAAAGUCAAAUAUGGUAGCACACAUGAGAACACACACUGGGGAGAAACCUUUUAUGUGUAUAUAUUGUGGUGAAAGAUUCUCUAAGAAGUCUAAUAUGGUCAAGCACGUGAGAACACACACAGGAGAAAAGCCAUACCAAUGUUCACUUUGUGCCAAAACGUUCUCUCGGCAGGACACCUUGAUGGCACACAUGGGGACGCACAAUAGAGAAAAAGCUUUUAGAUUGUGAUGGACAAUUUUCUCGAAAGUCAAACAUGCAGGAGAGACCACAUUUUCCUCGUUACCUUGUACUAAAACAUUCGCUCUGCACGACAAUUUGAUGGCGCACAUGCGGACACACAACGGAUAAUAAAUGGUUUACUGUCCAGUUUGUGAUAAAGAGAUUGUCACGUCAUUGAAGUGUCACGUAACCUCCAAACUGAUGGUUCGCUUUAUGAUACCCGAUUUCUUCAUCAGGGGCCGUACUUAUCAAGCUUCUUAGAGUGCCAUUUUACACUUAAGU